GGUAUGAGGCACCACUGAUUUAUUUGGUUUGACUGCACUCCGGCCGCUCUGCCUCAUUAGCCAAUCACUGCGCUUACCGAGGGAAGAAAAGUAGGCUGUGUCCCUCCUCCUGAUCUCUCGCUCCCGGGUCGUUGUAUGUGCCGCUAGCAUCCGAGCACAGAUCCGGCGUCUUCACCGCGGUCGAGCCGAUCGUUCGUGGGCGGUGUUUAUUGCUGCAACCAGAGCAUUGAUUGCCGUGUGUGUAUGGAUGGCAGCUUGACGAACCAGCGGUGAGCGUAUUGUUUUUCUCUUUGAAGUAGUGGCUCUAGCAUUCUAUUUAGCUGUAGUUGUAACUGUAUCAAAAUGGAAGGAGAGCUACAAGAGUUGAGGGAUUUGGUGGCACAGUUGAGGGCAGAGAAUGACAGAUUGCAGCUGGAGCAGGCUGUUCCCGUGCCUGGUCCUAGUGCUGCACCUGCUAUUCCUGCUGAACCUCUCCUCACACCGUCCACUUCUACCGCUCAUGUAACCGAGCGACUGGUCCUUGUACCCAGAGAUAGAAAGUGCCCAGCGUUUAGGGGUAGAUCAGGUAUAGGGCUAGAUGAGUGGAUUGAGGAAGCUCAGGCUUGCAUGAGGGCUCGCCACCUGUCCACACUUGAUCAGGCAUUCUUUCUUUUUGACCAUUUAGAGGGAGAGGCGCGUGAAGAAAUAAAAUAUCGCUCGACUGCUGAUAGAAGUGACCCAGCCAAAAUUAUUGUGGUAUUGCGAGAGCUGUAUGGUUGCACUGAUUCGUACGUUGCCUUACAGGAGGCGUUUUUCUCGAGGCGACAACAGGAUGGGGAGACUCUACAAGAGUUCUCCCUCGCGUUAAUGAGUUUGAUGUCUGUGGUGAAGCAAAGUGCUCCAAGCGAGAUGUUAAAUGCAGAUGUUCUGCUGCGCGAUCAGUUUAUCGAAAACGUCAUUGAUGGUUCCCUUCGUCGAGAAUUAAAACAAUUAGUACGCAGGCAGCCUACUGUCUCUCUGCUGGAUGCUAGGGCGGAGGCAAUUAGGUGGGAGCGAGAGGGAUUACCAGGGGGUGUGCGUGGCCGGAGCCACUCAGUUCCUUUGUUGACGGGCUUGCAGUGUGGCGUCCAGACUGCUUCUUUAGUGGCUAGUCCACCCCAGGCUUCAGAGCUGCAGGAGGUGAAACAAAUGUUGAAGCUCCAACAGGAACAGCUUAAACAUCUUACUGAAACUCUUGCUCAGCUGCAGAUCAGUCAGCAGCGUAACUAUUCUUACCGUGAUCCGGUAAUCUGCCGGCGGUGUCAACAGCCUGGCCACUUUGCCAGGGAGUGCAGAGGAGAGCGUGUCCCUCCUCAACCUUCAGUGUCUGCUUCCAGCCGACCAGUCUCUCGGCGGGAUCCAGCUCAGCAUUCGGGAAACUAGCGCCCGUCGAACUGCGGAGUCAAAGUUCGGGGGGAGUUGCCACUGGCUCACCUGUCUUGUGGGGGGAUCGGAGAGAAGCUAAGCUAAUCAGCACUUGUCCACACCUGGAUGUGGUUAUGGGGGGAGUAACAGUUCCUU